GAUCAAGCAGCACUGUGUGUGAGCUUUCAUUUGACACACGGUCACCCAGCUCCGCAGUCAACUAGAACCCUAUUAGACAAGAUGUCUAAAGACAAGAAACCAGGAUUAGAUGAAAAAUCACGGAUCUUAGCUGAGAAAGUCUUUGCACAUGAUGCUAAGGAUGAAGACGAAAAAGAUGAGGUCUCCCCAUUUGGCAUGGCGGAUGACUGUCCAAUUGGACAACAUGAGAUACAAAACAGCCUAAUUAACAGAACGUCCAAGGAAUCCGUUGAGAAGAGGAAGAAGAUAAGAGCAAAGGCCAUUGUACCGACAGUGCCAAUUGCCCAAGUGCAACAGGUUGGCUCAACCAAUCAGAUAGUGGAGCCAUCAUACAAAGAUGUACCUGAUUUCCAGAGAGUUGCCAUCACUGGAGACUAUGCGUCAGGGGUAACCUUGGACGACUUUGAGCUCGCAUGCAAGGGUUUAUACCGAGCUUUGACAAUUCGGGAAAAGUACAUGCGGCUCUCCAUUCAAAGGUUUUUCAGUACCACUUCGCGCUUCCUGCGAAUGAUGGAACAUGAGCAGUGGAAAGAAGAGGAUGAAGUGCACCCAGUGUUUACUCCACAGGUGAAGGCUGGAGAAGAUCCCUUUGAUCCCAAGAAUCUGCCUGAAAACCUUGGAUAUGUGUGUAAAAUGAAAGAUGGUGUCAUCUAUGUUUAUGCCAAUGAGGAAUCCGUCAAGAGGAAUGAACCCAAAGACCUGCCCUACCCAGAUCUGUCCACCUUCAUAGACGACAUGAAUUUUCUAAUUGCACUAAUUGCCCAGGGGCCUGUGAAGACAUAUGCCCACCGUCGCUUAAAAUUUCUUCAAUCUAAGUUUAACCUGCAUGAGAUGCUGAAUGACAUGGAAGAGAUAAAAGAAUUGAAGAUUAAUCCUCAUAGAGAUUUCUACAAUGUCAGAAAGGUUGAUACUCACAUCCACGCGGCAGCCUGCAUGAACCAGAAACACCUCCUGCGCUUUAUAAAGAAGACUUCUUUGAUGGAUUCGGAUCGUGUUGUCUGGAGCACCAAGGGAGAGAAGCUAACCCUGAAAGAGCUCUUCACUAAGUUGAAGUUGAACGCUUAUGACCUAACUGUUGAUUCCUUGGAUGUGCAUGCUGGUCGUCAGACGUUCCAGCGUUUUGAUAAGUUCAAUGCCAAGUACAAUCCAAUGGGUGCCAGUGAGCUCCGUGACCUUUAUCUGAAAACAGAGAAUGCCAUAGAUGGAGAAUACUUUGCUCAUAUCAUCAAGGAGGUGGCGUCGGACUUUGAAGAUGCCAAGUACCAGUUUGCAGAGCCACGUUUAUCCAUUUAUGGGCGGUCGCCAGAUGAGUGGUCAAAGUUGGCAUCGUGGUUUAUCAAACACAGGGUCUACUCUGCUCACAUGAAGUGGAUGAUUCAGAUCCCCAGAAUCUAUGAUAUUUUCAGGGCUCAAAAUGUCAUCCCACACUUUGGAAAAAUGCUUGAAAACAUCUUCCUGCCGAUCUUUGAAGCCACAGUGAAUCCUCAGAGUAACAUCAAGCUCAGCAUUUUCCUCAAACACAUCACUGCCUUUGACAGCGUGGAUGAUGAGUCCAAACAUAGUGGUCAUAUGUUCUCCACAAAGAGUCCAAAACCUGAGGAAUGGAACAUCCCAAAGAACCCUUCGUACACCUACUACCUCUGCUAUAUGUAUAUUAACAUCAUGGUCCUAAACAACCUGCGGAGAGAACGAGGGCUAAACACCUUCAUGUUUCGGCCUCACUGUGGUGAGGCAGGAGCUGUGACACACCUCCUGGCAGCAUUCAUGACUGCUGAUAACAUCUCACAUGGACUUAACCUAAAAAAGAGUCCAGUGCUGCAGUACUUGUACUUCCUGGCUCAGAUCCCCAUCGCCAUGUCUCCUCUCAGCAACAAUAGCCUCUUCCUGGAGUACGCCAAAAAUCCACUACCUGAGUAUCAGAAGAAAGGCCUGAUGGUCUCACUGUCCACUGAUGAUCCCAUGCAGUUCCACUACACCAAGGAGCCACUGAUGGAAGAAUAUGCCAUUGCCGCUCAGGUCUUCAAGCUGACUACUUGCGAUAUGUGUGAAAUAGCACGUAACAGCGUCCUACAGAGUGGCCUCUCCAAGGAGGAGAAAAUCUGCUUUCUCGGACCAAAUUACCACAAAGAAGGCCCAGAAGGCAAUAACAUCCAGAAGACGAAUGUAGCUCAGAUACGGAUGGCCUAUCGCUACGAAACACUCUGCUAUGAACUUAACCUGAUCAGAGAAGGACUUCAGGAUCUGGAGUGAAAGGACUGCCACUGAGCCAGCAAUGUGAAUUAGUCUGCUGGGGGUCAGGAUACAUUUUCUUGUAGUUCUAGUUGCUCAUGUCUGAAGCGACAAUCCUGUCCCUUAGGGGAAAUUACCAGUGAUUGCAGUGAAGUGUCACACAAACCCAUGGCAGGCUGAUGCUUAGCCUUUCAAUGACAGUAGAUGUGUAAUGGGAAGGAAGAAAUUCUGCUGCCCACCAAUUCUCAGCUUCAACCACAGCCGGAGAAUACUUCAGUUUCCAUUCAGUUGAAUGUUUCUGCAUGUUUCUGUUGUGUAAUUGUUGGACAGGAAGUGAAAUGGAGGACUUAGUCUAUUUUCUUUUGUCCAUUUUUAAAAAAGGUUGUUACAAGAAAAAGUGCCAGCAAGGGCUUGGAAUUCCCUACUGUCUUGUGUGCUGUUUCUUUCCUAUCAACAUCUGUUCUCCUUGGACAGUCCCUCAGUAUGACUUGAUUCCAAUCCGAUCACUAGUCAUGAUGCCAGUGAUCGGUACAUUGGCUUAUUAGUGUUAUGUAAUGAGGUACAGUGAAAAGCUUUGUGUUGUAUGCUAUUCACGCAGAUCUUCCCAACACAUCAGCUCAUUGAGGUCGUGCGAGGGAAAAGAAUAACAGAGUGAAGAUCAGAGCGUUACUGUUACUGAGAAAGUGUAGCGCAGGCAGAUCAUUGGAAGCAAGAGCUAAGACAAGAUCGACCAUGAGGUCCACGGUCCACCUUAUCUUACUGGGGAACUAUUCAAUAGUCUUGUAGAAACUGUCCUUGAUCCUGGUGGUGUCCCUUGUUUGAAUUGUCUCGCUCCUCCUUUUGCUCCAUGCUGCCGGAGUCCUGGGUCUUGAGCAAGGUUUAAUCAAUGCAAUUUGUGGAUUGGACUCUGCAGCUCACGUUGUGAUGUGUUUCUGCUUUCUAGUUGCUUCUUUUUUUUUUGCUGCUGCUUUGUGCAAUUUUGAUGGGAGUGACCUGGAGAUAAUGAGUAACGCAGUAGUAGAUGGAGCUGGACUGAGCUGAACUGAAUCUGCCUUGACUCUCGCAAUGCUGUGUUUUAUAUGCUGUGCUUUUCACGUGUUUUUUUGCCAUUUGCGCUGUUUAUUUAUUUGGUACAUGGAGGGGGGUAAUGUUUUGUUUUGAGCAGGUUCCAUGGUUCUUUUUGUUUCGUGGCUGUCUGUGGGAAGGUGAAUCACAAGGUUGAUAUACUGCAUGAAUAAUUAGAUAAUAAAUGGUCUUUGAACCUUUGGUAGAUGCCAAAGAGGGAACUGCAGUCUCUGUAUAGGUGUCAGGAAGUAUUUGGGUGUGCUCACAAUUUGUGCUUCCCUUCCUUUGCCUGUGCUCCUAAAUGGUGCCCGUGACUUAUCUAUUCGCUUCUUCCUGGGCUGUCCCACAGGGUCAAGGGGAUGGUAGUGUAUCCUUGGGCAUGAUGGUGGCAUAGUGGUUAGCACAACGCUUUACUGUACAGGCGACCUGGGUUCAAUUCCCACCACCGCCUGCAAGGAGCUUUACGUUCUCCCUGUGACUACGCGGGUUUCCUCCGGGUGCUCUGGUUUCCUCCCACAGUCCAAAGGCACACUGGUCGGUAGGUUAAUUGGUUAUUGUAAAUUGUCCUGUGAUUAGGCUCGGGUUAAGUUGGGGAUUGCUGGGUGGUGUGGCUUGAAAGGCCAGAAGGGCCUAUUCUGUGAUGUAUCUCAAUAAAUAAACACGAAUA